GUACGAUAGAACAGGAGGCAAGCAUACGGAAGCACAAAGGGCACAAUCACAUAAAGAAGCUGACGCGAUAGUAAUGCAUCCAAAUAUGGUGUUCUCCACACACUCUUUAAAAAACUUUGUAUGGAUGCUGCUGUUUGAAUUCGUCCUCUUCCUUCCUUCCUUCCUUCCUUCCUUCCUUCCUUCUCCAGCUCACCAAUCUAGUAUAACCCAAAGGGGAUAUGCCGGAUGUCGAUACAAGCUAGCGCACGAUAAUUAUGCAAUCGACAACUCAUGUAACAAAAAGCUUUCUUCAGAAUCAUUCGUUCACCUUGUCUUCUCUUCGUCUACCGCCGUUCAUUGCGGACAUAAAACGUAUCUAGUAAUACCGGUAAAACAAAUUACCAUGAUCAUCUUGCUUGUAAAUGAAUAUAAAAGCGUCUAGUAGUAAACUGUUGUAUCCUCCUUGUCUAUUUCUUUUUAAACUUGGCUUGCUUAUGCCACAAGCUCAAUGUUUCUGAGAUGAUGCUAGAUCCGCAUUGUGCUACGUCAGAUACAAGAAAAUUGCUGUGGGAAACUUGUCCAG